AUGGUGCUUCGAUAUUAUGAUGAUGUUGCCGACUCGGUUGCGCCGUGUUCUCAUAGGAAUGAUUACCUCAAUUUGGACGAGGGCCAUACUGAGACUAAAAAGUCUGUAGGUCUGGUUGGCAAACAUUCGAAGCAAACAGAGAAGACCGGACGCACGCAUGACCAGCCUCGAAUACAGCAUGGAACAAGGAGGAAGGAGAAAAGGCAGUCUAUCUUCAGUACACGAGCACUUGAAUAUCGCACCAGCAAGGACGUCAAACCCAGACCACUAGCCCCCAAGAAUCAAGUGAAGUUUCUAGAUAAUCAGAAGAAUGACUGUUCUGAGCGACGGAUACGAAGACCGAUAUCUCCGGGGCAAACAAGCUCUCGGCGUGCGUCCUUACCAAACAACUUGCUUUCUUCAGAAGAGGCGAGUUUUUCGGUAUCAAAUUAUUCACUUGACUUCGGAUUCACACUACGUAUUUUCGACAGUGGUUCAACAGUUGCUCAACUAUGCUCUGAUGCAGAUCACACACCACAGCAAGGGAAAAAGGAAGCGAAGCAGAAGAUCCCUCCUUCAGGGCCUCAAGGUUCGGGAAAGUCAACAAAGAGACCUGCCGAGAGCAGCAGCGUACCUCACAAGAAGAGCCGCCGGGCAAAAAGCCACAAUGAUCUUGAGGAACCGGAUGGCGACGAUGGCAGCGGUGAUGAGAAGAAAGAAGAGACCUUUGCGUGUCCGUUCUACAGAAAGGACCCAGUGCGUUUUCUUGAGUGCAUGAAUAUCAGACUGGUCUCUAUACCAAUCGUGAAACAGCAUCUGAAAAGACGGCAUACCGCAAAUCCGGAUCCAGAUGGCUCGGGAUGCCAGGAGGAUCUUACAUUUUCAACAAUAUCAGAGGACCAUAACACGGAAGUAAGUUGUGCACAAGGGAGCGCAGACGACCUCAACAUCAUUCCUCCUAAGAUUCUGGACGCUCUGAAGCGUCGGUCCAAUAGACGCAUGUCACCCACGGAUCAGUGGCAUGAGAUUUGGGUAAUUUUAUUCGGGGAGUCGGAUGUUACACCGAAGCCUCUUUUGGAAGGUGUAGUGAAGGAGAUGACGAGCAUAAUUCGUGAUAUCUGGAGUAAAGAUGGUGGCCAGAUUGUGUCGAAACAUGUCCAGGCACGAGGUAUGCCCGCUUGUCCAGAUCAACUGUUAUCAUUGCUGCCGGACCUUCUCGACUCUGUCGAGGACCGAUUCGGAAAUGAACAGGCUAGGGAGACCUUGAGCCGACAGAUUGCUGAUACUCAAGACUCCGCGAUGAAAAUGACGACAAGGGAAAUAUGCAUUUGUCACCAGGACUCUGGAAACCCUUUCCAAACUUCCUAUUAUAUACCCGAGAUGUCUAGAUACACUCCUAUCUCGCCUUCAGCCUCUUUCACGAGAGAUUCUUCAACGCCACUAUUUGGUGUUGAAACUUUUGAUGAUCCUUUCCAAACCCCCUAUCAUAUGCCUAAUUUAUCUAACUACACCCCUAUCUCAACUUCAGCUUCUCUCAUCAGAGAUUCCUUAGCACCAUUAUAUGGUGCUGGGAAUUCUGAUGAUCUCCGGUUAGUUGGGGGAGUCUUCGACUCACAAGCUGUACCAUUAGCAUACCCCCUCACUGACUUUCCAUCAUACCUAGAACCCGUCAACGGGAGAGGCAUGUGGAAUUCAGUCAGUGAUCCAGGGGGUGUAAUUGGACGACUUGCUGCAGCCAAGGUGGAAAUGAUUGAACCGCAACAGAAUGGCUUGGAACUCCAGAACAACUACCGUGAUAAUCAUGCAGGGGAUUCGGAACCCGGGUUUGGGCCCUCUUCUAUAUACAGAUGA